AUGGCUGCCACUGAAACCGAGACCACCCAGACCGGCUCCAUUGCCGAGUCUAUCGCCGCUUCCACCAGGGUAUUGCAUGCGAGGCUUAAUAGGCUCAUCAUGGCUCGCCUCCAGCUAGCCCUGCCCCCGCGGAUAGCCGAUCCCUCCCUAUACAUAUCAGGGUUGUUCCAUAUUGCGCCGAUCUACAUCACCUUCGAGACUCUAUGGGAAAGCACCUCGAAUUUCCACCCACGUCGACCCGGACUCAUGCGAUCAGCCAAGCUCAAGGAGGAUUUAGGGGUGUUGACGGGAUGGCCAGAACAUGUGGUCCAGGAGCAGCUCAAUAUGAUGAGCGAGACUGGGCACCUUGCUCAUUUCCUUGACCAUAUGCGACGUUCGAUCAAUAGCAGGCCGCAUGUCCUUAUCGCAUAUGCUUACAUCUUCUUCAUGGCUUUAUUUGCCGGUGGGCGCUUCAUUCGGGCCUCUCUCGAGUCGGUUGGCCACGCGUUUUGGGACCAGUGUCCGUCCCCAGUCCGGCCAAACAUGAUGGCGUGCGAGAAAGAUCGACGUCACUCGGCUGAGUCGCUAGAUACCUCGGAAACGAGCCAUGAUGAGAAGCCUGGCGGUUCCCGCGGGUCUCCCGAAUCUCAUGGGUUUCCGUUGGGAUUUUUCCAUUUUUCUACUCCAAUGGACGGGGAGGAUUUGAAACGAGAGUUUAAGAAGCGGCUCUCCGGAUCAGAGACCGUUCUGACAGACCGGGAAAAAGAUGAUGUGGUGAACGAAUCGGUUUGCAUAUUCGAGAACAUGAUUCUCCUCGUUGGUCAAUUGGAUGAGGUCUGUGUGGUACCUGGCCAGGAUACUACUGAUGCAGAUGAUAUGAUGGCUCGACUCCGAGACAGCGUUUCAGUGACAAGAGAAAGAAGAGAUUUACGGAACAGCAUGAGAAGGAGCGACAAUAGCAUCUGCAGCGUGGUCAGAUCACAAGGCAGACCUAACCUUGCAAAGUCGGCCUCAGAGAACGAUUCGGACGUGGUACACGAUGACUAUGUGCCCCCCCUUCAUCCACGAGUCACUGGGUUCCCUGGAAAUGGACUUUGUCCUGGUCUGCCAAAAUCUAUGAGGUUUGACCAGACCCUCCCUAAGCCCAGCCGCCACCAUUCUCUUAGCGAGGAGCGAGCCGAGUUCUCAAAAAACGCCUCGAUGGCAAGAUACGGCCGCAACGUUGUAAGCUGCAUACUUUUCGUGACCUUUGGCAUUAUGUUUGCCGGAGCUCUCAUAACCGGACGAAAGGGGUUGUUAGAUUGGUGA